AUGUUACGAAGUAUUGUUGACAAUAAACUUUUAUCAAAUUUUUUAAUUUUACAGGAAUGUUCCUGUAAAGAUUUAUUCAUUGGAUUAUUGAAGUCUAACAGUGAAAACUUAUCUUCAACAAAUACUUAUUUAUUAUGUUUUGAAUAUCCUCCGGAAUUUUACACUAAUUCAUUAGAAAAAACUGCAAAAAUAGUCACUUAUGAUUUUUUUAGUGAUCCUUGCGGAUGGAAUGAAAAAUUGAAUUUAGAUGUUAAUAACAUAUUAUCGGAUAAAACUAAUUUGUCUGAAAAACUUGUAUUUGUGGACUCAUUAAAUCAUUUAAUUGAGCGUUUAGGAUUUUAUAAUACAUAUAGACUUAUUAAAAAUUUAAAAACAUUUGUUAAAAGUUUAGUGUGCUUGGUUCAUAAUGAUUUAUUGGACUCAAAUGAAUUAGAAAAAUUUGAAAUGCUUUCGAUGAUUCAAAUAAAAUUACAGACAAACAAUAAUUUCAAUGCAAUAAAUAAAAAUAAUUGUAAAGUAAUAGAAAUAAAAAGUAAAAAACCAAAUGGAAAGAUUAAUAGUCAAUUGGCUGAAUUUUAUGUAGAUGAUAAUUUCACAAUUCAUCAUCAAAUUCAUUCUAAUAAACAAACAUCUUCAAACAAAUCAGUAGAAAAUGAUUUUGAGGGUUUAACCACUUUUAAACUAGGCUUAAAAAUGAGUGAAAAUGAGAAAAAAGCUAAAGAACAGUUAAUAUUACCAUACCUAAGGUAUUUUUCUUAA